CAUAUGCGAAAUGAAAUACUCCAUAAACCUACACAAGACAUGACAGAUCACGAAGUCACAAGAUAUGUACAGUCUAUGAUAGCAGUACUAGAAGACAAGAAAGCACUCAGCAUUGAUCCAGCAGCACAAGCAGCAGCAAAAAAGCUGAAGGAGUUUUACAGAUUCUCUAUGACGACUUAAUCAUAACCACAACUGAAGAAGCCAAAGCAAUUCAAACUGCAUUGAAUGCUAUCAGAGUGGCUAAAGAGCAGUCUGAGGAGAUUAUAAGAAAACUAGAAGAAGAUAGUCGUAUAUCUUUACAGCAGCAAAUGUUGGAAUCUACUACACAUAUAGAUGAUGCAAACGAAGGAGCAGUGGAAAAAGUGUUUGAAACAUAUGAACCGAAAAUAAAAAAACUCGAACUUAAAAAUGAAGACCAUGAAAAUAGGUUAAGCGCAGUUAAAGCAGAACAACAAAAUGUAGUAAAUAAACAGUUUGAAAUAGAACUGAUAAGUACUGAAGAAAAAUACCGGGCGGGGAUUGAAUAUCUGAAACUGAAACAAGAUCUGCAACAAUACCUGGUGGAUGUAUAUCAGAUGCAUUACGUCAAGACAUGGAUUUCCCCGUUUACGACGCAACAAGAAGAUGUUGUCAACAUCGAUGACGUAUAUGUAUCGCCAAGAAUGGUGGUCGAAGAAAAAGAACAUGGCAAUGUUGGAAACACCACUAAAAAUGGAGAAGUCAGGGAAACAAAUAACAUGCUUAUAGAAAGAUAUCGCGACUUAUUUCACACCCGUGAAAAAAGAAAUAGGAAAAUUUUUGUUGUAGGAGAUAAAGGAACUGGAAAAAGCUCCUUUUGUAAAAUGAUGAUUCAGAACUGGUGCAGCGCCAUUACAAAAAGAGGUGAUCCAGGAGUCAAGGACAUAAACAAAAUGAUACAAGGCGAAGAAUAUAAUAGGUGCGAUAUGAGUCAGUUUGAUUUCUUAUUUCAUAUAUCUUUAUGUGAAAUGCCGCAUGAUAUUUAUGACACUGACGAUAUGAUAAAAGCUCAGUGGAACAAUUAUAGGAAUGAGGUUGACGACAUAUUUACAAACGAUUCGGAGCGUAUUCUAAUUCUAGUAGACGGUUUAGACGAGUGGACACCAUCUAAAAGAAAAAGGCAGUCAUUACUCGGCAUACCGACCUCGCGUUUUGCACGUGAUUCUACAGUACUUACAACAUCUCGGCCAUCAUCUCGCGGUAUCUUAAAUCUGAAAUCUUCGGAUUACGAUUUGAAAGUAACUCUCUUUGGUUUAAGAAAAAGCUCUGUUCAACCUAUGAUAGAAAAAUACAUGCAGGUGUUAAAUAAGACGUCAGCUGUCAAAACCUUUAGUGACACACUUUCAAGUUUGCCAAUCAAAGAUAUACACAAUGCUCCGUUGUUACUGCAGAAAAUCGUCUGGCUCUACUGCAAGUAUCAUGACACAGGUCAGUCUUUUUACGACCAUAUUAUGAAUGCUGUACGUGAGUGGGAAUGUGACAAACAGGUAGCUUUUCCGACGCAGCAAAGUAGCAAUUUGGAGAACUUUCAACUUGAAAAGCCUUUUGAAAAUUUGGCCAGCGCUCAAAAUAAUCGACAGCUGCUACUUCCUACAGGUAAAAUUGCUUACUUUACUUUACAUACAUAG